CGUUUCAAAAGGACCAGCAUGGCUUCGCUUCGGCUGUUCGGCAGGAGGACGAAUAUUUAUAAAUGAUAUGAUUUAUAAAAUAUCAGCAAAAAUUUAACUCAUAACCACUUUAAACAUUAAAAUCAUCAUCUAACUAACCGUAAUUUAAGAAGCGCGGGGGCUCACGGGAAGAGGGCGGACUUCUGGGCCACUUUUCCACGUCGAAACACGUCAAAAUUGUAUUGAAUUUCGUUUAAAAAUAUUAAUUAUUAUUAUAUUUAUUAUUAUUAAAUUAUGUUCUCCGCGGAUGAAAUCGCCCGCUUGUGCUUCGACCGCUUCGCCGGGCUCCCCAGGACGGGAAAACCCGAGCCCGGGCGGGAGUGGACCCUCCUGGCCGCGGUGGUGAAGGUGUUCGAGUCCCGGGCUCCUCGGCUCGAAGCUGAGAAGGAGGUUGUUGCCAUGGGAACGGGGACCAAGUGCAUCGGGAGGGCGGCGAUGAGCCCAAAAGGUGACGUUUUGAAUGACAGUCAUGCCGAGAUCAUCGCCAGGCGAAGCUUUGUGAGGUACCUAACAGCCCAGCUCCGCAGGGCGGUGUCGGGAGACCCCAGCGGCGUGUUCUCCCCGGCGGAGGAGAAGGGAAAAUGGCGGCUGAAGGAGGGCGUCUCCUUCAUCUUCUACACCAGCCACACUCCCUGUGGAGACGCUUCGAUCGUACCGAUGACCGACUCCGAGGCCCAGCCCUGCCUGCCAGUCACGGCCGAUCCGGCCAAUGGGGAGCCGGCGGGCGGGGCCGUCAAGCGGCCGGCGGACGGGCGGGAGGAGGAGGAGGAGGAGGGGCCCGGGAAGCGCCUCCGAUUGGAGGAGGAUUUCGAAGGCGGGGACGCGGGGGUUGCCAGGUGUGACGAAACCCCCCGCCCUGCCCACGGCCCCACGAAGCCGCGCCCGGGCCCGGGGGAUUCUGGGCAGGCCGACGUCCACCGCACGGGCGCCAAAUGCGUCCCGGGGGCCCCGGAAGACCCCAGGGGGCCGGGUCGGGAUUACCACCGCGCCGGGGCUCUCCGGGUCAAACCGGGCAGGGGGGAGCCGACCCUCUCUCUCUCCUGCAGCGAUAAGAUCGCCCGCUGGGGGAUUCUGGGUACCCAGGGUGCACUUCUCGCCCACUACCUAGAGGAGGCGGUAUGCUUCAGCGCCGUGGUGGUCGGGAAGUGUCCCUACGACCAGCUGGUUAUGGAGAGGGCUCUGGUGGAGAGGUGUGGGAAGGUGGUAGAUCUACCCCCUGGGUUCCGGGUACGACCCCCGAAGCUGCUCCACUCCGGGUUGGAGUUUGGUCUCGGCCGGGCCCAGGUGGAGGGCGUCCAGCGGCCCGGAAGGGGUGGGGUUUCGCCCUGCGGGGCGGCCAUCAGCUGGUGCGCCAUCCCCGACCGACCGCUAGACGUCACCGCUAACGGCUACAAGCAAGGCGUCACCAAAAAGGCCAUCGGGACGGAGAAGUCCAGGUCGCUGAUCUCGAAGGCGGAGCUGUUUAGGAGCUUCCUGGCUCUGACGGAGGCGACGCCCGAACGGGAGCUCCCAGAAUCCCUCAGGGGUAAGGAUCUGAAAACCUACUGGGACUAUAAGAAGGCAGCGGAGGCGUACCAGCAAGCCUGGCUGCAGCUGAGAGCGCAAGUCUUCCCGCUGUGGCCGAGAAGCCCCCGAGACCUGCUGCUGUUCAGCUGAAGAGAGCGCGCGUGUGUGUGUGUGUGAGAG